CAGUUGGGGGCUUGCAUACCACAGAUAGAGAGGACUUCUGUAGAGGAACAGUGGAGAUAGUGGACGGUGUGCAGCUUAGUAAAGUUUUGUGGGAUUACCGAGGACAUUUGAUUCUUGUGUGCAUUCAGAUACCUAAUAAACAACCAGGAUAUUUAAUAAAGAACAGUGUUAAACUGCUGAAAGAGGUGAAGCACAAGCCAUCCAGAAGAAUCUCCUGAAAACGCAGAAAUUGUUUGCUACAUUUCACAGACAGAUGGAGCCAAGUCCCGACAUGGAGAAACAUCAGCACUCUGUCAAGAGUUUUACUAAACAGAGUGAUCUCAAAAAACACCAGCGCAUUCACACAGGAGAGAAACCACAUCACUGCUCAGACUGUGGGAAGAGUUUUACUCAACAGAGUACUCUCAAAAAUCACCAGCGCAUUCACACAGGAGAGAAACCGUAUCACUGCUCAGACUGUGGGAAGAGUUUUAAUCAACAGAGUAAUCUCAAACUGCACCAGCGCAUUCACACAGGAGAGAAACCGUAUCACUGCUCAGACUGUGGGAAGAGUUUUACUCAACAGAGUACUCUCAAAAAUCACCAGCGCAUUCACACAGGAGAGAAACCGUAUCACUGCUCAGACUGUGGGAAGAGUUUUAAUCAACAGGGUGAUCUCAAAAAACACCAGCGCAUUCACACAGGAGAGAAACCGUAUCACUGCUCAGACUGUGGGAAGAGUUUUACUGAACAGAGUAGUCUCAAAAAACACCAGCGCAUUCACACAGGAGAGAAACCGUAUUACUGUUUCGACUGUGGGAAGAGUUUUACUGAACAGAGUCAUCUCAAAAAUCACCAGCGCAUUCACACAGGAGAGAAACCGUAUUACUGCUCAGACUGUGAUAAGUGUUUUACUACACAGACUCAUCUCAAACUGCACCAGCGCAUUCACACAGGAGAGAAACCAUAUUACUGUUUCGACUGUGGGAAGAGUUUUACUCAACAGAGUGAUCUCAAACUGCACCAGCGCAUUCACACAGGAGAGAAACCGUAUCACUGCUCAGACUGUGGGAAGAGUUUUACUAAACAGAGUAAUCUCAAACUGCACCAGCGCAUUCACACAGGAGAGAAACCGUAUCACUGUUCAGACUGUGGGAAGAGUUUUACUUUACAGAGUGAACUUAUAUUACAUCAGUGCAUUCACAAAAGAUAGAAAAGUAUCCCAAAUCUGUUCCUCUGCCAUAAAAAAUGCAAACCUUAAAUCUUUCAGACAGCCAAAAACACCUCAUCAUGCACAAAAUCUUCACUCUGUUACAAGAACUAAAUUUAAAAAUGGCUUUUUACAGGUUCAGAAAAAUGAAUCUUAUCCAGAGAUGAUGUUUACUGAAUUUCAUGCUGUGUUUUUAUGUUUGUUUGUAUACCUACAUUAGUUAAUGCCUGCAGAGCUCUUCAACACUUAGUGUUGUGUUUUAAGAAGUUUUUACACACAGAAUCAUAAAUGGUACCACUAACAGCAUAAACUAGGAACAUACAUUUUUACAAUUUUUUCAGUGAUAUGCUGAAUAAAUAGUAAAGCGAUGAUGCUAGCUCAGAGUAAAAUCGUAUAUUAAAUCUCAGCAUUAGCUUUAGAACUAAUAAUAAACAAAAGUGAGGAUUUUAUCAUUCUGGGACAUUUUUAGGUUUAAAAAUUGAAUAUGCUUUGCCAUAAGUAGGAAAUGAUCAUUUGGUCAACUUAUGUCAUUUACAGCCUUAACACAUUCUCAAUUGUUUACAUAUAAAAACUUUCUUUAUUUUUUCCUCCACUCCACGUUUGUAGUUUGUAGUUGGAGCGAGGGCACUGCCAGUGUUUGCUCCAGAUGUUAGAUUAGCAUUACUUAGUCUUUUAAAAUUUAGAUGUCGUAGUUUAAAGGAGUAGAGUAUUCUUAGGAGUAGAGAAUAUUCUUAGCUUGCAACAAAAGGCCAACAAAAUCCUUUUCAGAGUUUAAAAAAAAAAACAAAAAAAAAAAAAACGGUCUAGCUGUAGUUUCCAUACUGAAAGCAACACUCAGCAGGCUAUGCAGCAGUAAGACUGCAGGAUCCUUGAUUCCCUCUACUGCACGUGUCAAACACAAGGCCCGCGGGCCAAAUGUGGCCACAUCCAAGCGAGAGCGUGUAAGAUCUUAGUGUCUAUAAUAAAUAGGUCAGAAGCGUUCUUUGACCAAAAACUACAUUUCCCACAAUGCUUGUCGAUUGUAUUACCCGCGAAGUUACGGCUUACUGCCACUACACGGCAGUGUAGUCAUUGAUGUGGAAACCCUGCCGGAGGGAAGGCGUAACUUCGCGGGUGGAAUUGAGACAUACAAACGUUUAUCCCAUAAUGUCCAGAAAAAGAAAAGUUGAUGCAGACGGACGGCUGUGCUUCAAGGCGAAAGACCGGUAUGCCUUUUGUGUUACGAAGAGUGUUACUGACCAAAAUAAACGCUUGUUAGGAGAGAUAUAAGUUCUGUGUAAAUAUUUAUAAGACAAUAGCUGACAAAAUCUGUUUUAAUGACGUUAAUAAACAUCACUGUGACAGCGCUAGUCACAGUUUCACCUCAGCAAAGGACGAGGACGUGAAUCACUUAUCUAACCAGCCUGUACUGAUUUCUGCCCCCAAUAACCCUUUCAAUAACCUCUAAUAGCCUUUAAUAGUCUUCAGUAGCCUUCAACAGUCUAACCUUGCAGCCGUGGUGUGUUCACUAAACUCCGUAGUUAUAAACAUCCUGAGGUUAGCAGCGCGCUAACUGACCUGUUUAUAAUGUAAUCCCAGCAGUGACUCCGUGACGGCUGCGCUAAACUGCUGCUAUUAGCUGCUUGGGCUGAAAGAUGAACUGUAGAGAGCUGUAUUACUCGGUUAGUGGGGUUAAAAUCUUUAUUUUCUACACAGAAGAAUUGUAAAAACUGUAAAAACGCUCCAGACUGCCUCAGCUGAGCCCUGUAGCCCGUGGCUGGGCUGUAGCUCUGACUCAGUAAAGACUGCGGGCUUGUGCUGCUGCUGCUGCAGCUCCGACUAGUGGUUGUAUGAGGAACUGCUAAAUCUGAGGAAAUGCUAAAUCUGUCACAUGUUCUUAACAGCUCACAAUUUUUAAUAUAUAACUUGUAUUUUAUGUCAUUCCUAUUCACUUGACUAGUUUGGUUCUUGAUUGAUGGAGUUUUUGGAUUUCAUAACAUGACAAAUUGAAAGGAUUUAUGUUAAUAGAGCAACAAGCAAACAUUUUUUCCAUGCAACUGUAAUAUUUGAUUGAAUAAAUAGUAUAUUGAGAGUUAUUUAACAUUAAGGAGUAAUUACAUUCAUUUUAUAUUACAUUUGGUUACAUUUUAUUACAUUUAUAAGUUACAUCUGGCCCUCAGUGGACAGCCAAUAUGCCAAUGUGGCCCUCGGCCAAAAUGAGUUUGACACCCCUGCUCUACUGGUUUUCUCAUUGGUCUAUGGUUCAGUCAGUCUGAUUAAAAAUCUGCAAGUUAAUCUACAGGGAUAUUUGGUUGUGCUGUGUUGCUAAAGUUAUAUACUCUGUUAUCUUUUCCUUAUUUGGUAUCGUUUUGCUAAAGGGUUUUUUUUAUAUCUCUAAAGGUACUGAAAAUAUCUAAUCCAUUUACUUUAUUGAUUGUUUUAUCCAGUACCAGCUAUUAUCGUUGUUUUACAUCACCUUAUGUAUUUACUCAUAUUCAUAUCUAUGUGAUUCAAUAAAAGGCUUUUAUAUUGCAAGAUCUGCAAUCUUAUCUAUUCUUUCAACUUAAGCAUUUAGCCAAAAGCUUUUGUACACAGCCAAACAUACAUUCAAGCAACCACUAUAUACAGUGCCUUGCAAAAGUAUUUGGCCCCCCCCUUGAACUUUUCAAACUUUUGCCACAUUUUGGGCUUCAAACAUAAAUAUAUGAUUUUUUUGUUUGUUUUUUGUGAAGAAUUAACAAGUGUGUAAGAAUACGGAGGAGUUUUGCCUUACUAUGUUCAUUGUUCAUUGAUUAAAGGGUUAAUCUGUGUGUAACUAAAUCAGCAUUUCACUUAAUCAGUAUGUUAUUCAAGCAUUUAGCACGAUUCAUGAUGAUUCACAUUGUGACUUAGAAUGUAUGUAUAUUGUGUCCUUGUGCUCAAAGCAAGGCCGUUUUUCUUGCAACUUAGCAUGAUUGAUUUUUUCCAGCGGAACCAUGAGUUUCUGUACAUGUAAUCUAUAGUCUGAUAAGGUUGGGGUUACCGAGUUCUCGGCUGACGUAUAGGAUGAAUAACUGCUUAUCAGUAUCAGGAUCCGGGGGGUGUGAGGAGCCUCCUCACACACUAUUAGACUGAGGCCAGGCGAAUGCCUGUUUUUAUUAGACUCUGUCUAGGAAGAAGAGUAGAGUUGGGCGGGAGAGCUUCUCCCGAGAGGGAGUACAGAGCCACAGGUCCUGUUCACACAGCCGAGAACUCUGGAAACCCCAACUUUUCUCACCUUUGGGGUUUUCCUCUUAUUUUCACCUUUUUAUUUCAAUUCAAUUUUUCAAUAAUCUUUUUACUCAAUUUUUGAUGUAUCCAAAAAAACUGUUUUGCUCAGAAGAUUCUUUGAAUAAAAUCUGACGGAACUACAA